AUGGGCAAGUCGGAGAGUGAAUUGUCAGGGUGGGAGUGCAUCUUCACCAAACAGCAGGUCGCGACGUCCACGUUUGAGAGUGCGAGGUCUGCCUCGCGCGGCGCGGGGAGGCUGGACUCACGCCGAGGGUUCGCCCCCAUCGUGCUACGCACCAAGGCCGGCAACCUCGCGCUGAUCUCGGCCCAUUUGAUGCUUGGCCUGGGAAUGAGGGUCCGGACCAGAGGCGCGCUGGUAGCCUUGGGCGCCUUCGCGCAGGCGACGGCGAACCCGUGGCCAGUGCUGGCGGAUUGGAAUAUCGAGCCCGAGCCUCUUCGCUCCUCUGGGUGGCCCGCGAGGUUCGGCGCGGCGACCGCGACCCCGAAUUGCCGCGCCACCGGCGUCGCGGGGCCAGAGCGCGCGCGCGGAUGCAGUCUGACCAGCUCAGGAUGCCCCGAGGUGUCGCCGCGCCCUGAGUUUCGGGCCCCUUGGAAGUCACAUUGUGGCGUGGCGGUGAGUGUCAAGACGGCUCGUGAGCAGCGCUGGCGUCGCCAUCUCGCCGCCGCGAGGGAUCUGCCCGCCUGGGAGAGGCCACGCGCGCUCGAUCCGGAGAGCAAGAGGUCGAAGAAGCGCGAGGCUGCUUGUCUCCGCCGGCAGCAGGCACUCCCCGAGGGAAUGCUGGAGGCGCUCGUGGCCGAGUCGAAGUGCCAGGUCGACAUGAUGCACGGUCGCUGGGCGUCCGUGCUGGGGCUCGCUGCCCAAUUGCACUGGCCCUGUUCAGGCUGGAUACUGCGGGCGCCAGGCGGCUCGGAAGUCGCCCCCCCCGCCAAGGCGAUCUUGGACGCGGGCGCCGCGCUGCCGGAGAACCCUGCCGAGCGGGCGAAAGGGGCCGCUGCGUUCAGCCCGGCGCGCGCCCAGCGCCAAUCCUGCGCGGCGCGGCAGCAGCUCGUGGACAUCUUGAACGCGGUCGAGGCGGCCGGCGCCCGGCCGUCGCGUUCGCGCGCUGCUUCGGGCGCCGGCGCCCCCGAGGAGCUGGGCGACAACCGCGCGGCUGGGGCGGCCCCGACGCCGCGGGGGGCGCGGUCGAAGACCCGCCCCAAGGCGUCGGGAGAGCGGCCGUCCUCUACGUCUGCCAUCCGGGAUACUGCGAUCGCGGGGUCAUCCGCGUUGAGGGCUGCCCUCGCCCGCGCUGCGAUGGGCGCAGGGGCUGGAGAGUUUGCGUUCGACCAUGUGGCUGUGAUCUCGGGCUUGACCAAGUUGCAUGAUUCGGUGAUUUUCGUCUCGCCAAUGCAGACCGCCCUCGAGAUCGGCCCCCCCCUCCCGAGCUCUCGCAGCGCGCCGGCACGGCAGCUGGACGGCGCCCAUCGCGCCCCGCCCGCGGGGCGAUGGAGCUACGUCGACAACAUUUUGCGCGGGGCCGAAGGCGCGGGGCGUCGAGUGAUUUUAGACCCGAGCGCGACCGCUGGAGUCAUGGCUGCCAGGCUAGGUCGUCUUUUGUUUAGGAUCUCGGGCAAGACGCAGCUGGUCGCGAGCUCGGGCGAGAUCGGGGCGAUGCGCCGCGACGCUGUGGCUGGCGCCGCGGGGGCCAAGCGCGGCCGCUGCUCGGCGCCAGCGCUGCCGGCGGCGCGCGGCGCGUCGGGCCCAGACGUUGGCCCGAGGAGGCGACUGCUCAAGGAGCGGGUCGCCCUGUGGCCUGCCCAGCCAGCCCUGCGCCCCAGGAUUGCGAAGGCCUGGCCGCGCGCGCGGACGAAGCUCCGCCGGGGCUCGGCGGUCAGGCGGCGCGGAGUGCGCGGUCGCAUCGCCGCGCUGCAGGCGACGUUCCACGAAGCGGGGCGGGGCCCGCUGUCGGUGACGGUUUGGAUUCGCCCUUUGGCUCGCGGCGCGAUCGACGACGGGAUCUCCCCGACCUUCGGCGAUGACCAGUUCGACGCAGUUGUCCUAGCUCACUUCGAGGACGUGCUCGGCGCCUGCGCGGGCGACUGCGUGGCGCUGCAGUGGCAGCAAGCCGCCAGACGCGUGACAGGUGAGGAUUUGUCGGGCGGCGGCGACAUGGCGACGGCGCGCGUCGAGCUGAGUCGGCUCGUCAAGAGGGCGGGGCUCGACGAGCGGGCCGUCGACCUCGCAGCCAUCUUUGGAGGCCACUGGGCGCGUGACAGGCCGGCGGGCGCCUCCGACGCGCGCGAGCGUUUCGAGGCGUUUGCGAGAGAGGCGCGGGCGGGCUCGACUCGGAUGCAUUCGAAGCACCGCUUCGACAUGAUGAGCCAGCAUGGCCCCGUUUUCUGCAAGGGCAGCGGGCUUACCGCCGCGACCGAUGGCACCCAGAGUGCGAGCGUCGUCGCCAUGUCGAUGGGGGCGGGCUCCGACUCCGUCGACGCGCAAGAGGUCCCCGCGCCGGGCGGGGCCGAGGCUGCCGCCGUCCUCGCCGCCGCCCCCUCGAGGAUGCAGGAUCGGCGCCACCAGAGCAGCUCCCUGACGGGGGCGUUGAGGGUCGCGGUCAGCGCUUCGAUUGCCCCCUACGCAGCGCCGCCCGAGCCCGCGGGCUACAAACGAGCAAGGUCGCGGGCGCCUGGAAAUGGCGGCGGCAGCGAGGCCGAGGAGCUCGAGGUCAAGCAGCUCCAGGAGCACUACGAGUGGCAGAUCCAGCGCCAGGACGAGGACAUGAGGGCCCUGCAGAGAAGGAUGGGCAAGCUCGAGCAAAGGCGCGCGGAGCUCAAGGAGAAUUGGGACCGUGAGCGGAAUGGACUCGUGCGAGAACUCUCCCGUUACGCCGCCGUUCUCACGAGGUACGCGAUACCCCUCGAGGAGGCCUGCGACCAGGACGGCGUCCACGAGCAGGCCCUGCAGCCGCAGCUGCAGCAGGCGCCGCCGCAGCAGCCGCAGCAGCCGCCGCAGCCGCAGGCGCAGAAGCAGCAGGGCGCGUGGGCGGCGGCCCCCGCCAGCGCGGUGCAGCCCGCCGCCACGUCCAGCCUGGAUGCGAAGAUGAAGCGGCUGAACGGGCUGCUGUCCGACGGCCCGGCCCGGAAGGGUGCGGCCGAGCAAGGAGCCGACACGCGACGCGACGCAGCCGGCGGGGCCUCUCAGGGUGGCGCUGCGGCAGCCAGGGGCGGCCUUACCGCUGCAAAGGAGGGCAGCGCCGCGGCCCAGGGCAGCGGAGACGGCGUGCUCGGAGGCUCCACCAUCGCGUCCACGCUGCAGGCGAUGUUCCCGCACGCCACGGUGCGAACGCAGCCCGAAGGCUCUGCCAAGGACGACGCCGACCCCGCCGAGGAGGGCAAGGCCGGCGCCGGAGCGGCCGCCAGAGGCGGGGACGCGGCCUCGGACGACGAGCCGCGGAAGAAGGAGGGGGGCGCCUUCGCGGACGCGGACGUGGUGGCCCUGGCCGAGGAGCUCGAGGCGACCACCGAGAGCCAGAUCGACGACCGCGCCCUGCGGGCCCUGCAGAGCCUCCCCCCCGGCGACGCCAUGGAGGUCCUGCAGAAGGUGGAGGACCUCGUCAACGCCCAGGGCGGGAAGUGCCGCAACCUCUCCUCGAUCUUGCAGAGCGUCUGCAGGAAGCUGGAGCGGAAGGCGGCCGGCCGCAGGGACCCCGCGGCGGCCGGCGUCUCCGUGGGCGACGCGGACGACGGUGCGGCUCCUGGGGGCUCCCUCCGCGGCGAGCGCGAGCGCCGGGGAGCCGAGGGCGUCGCCGCCGAGGUUCACGGGAGGGCACAUGGCGACGAGCUCGGCAGCGACGCGGAGGCACGCGAGGAGCGCGCCGACGGCUCCGGGGGCAGCUCCGCGGAGGAGGGCGGCGGCGGCGGGCACGAGCGGCGCAGGCGCGAGCGGGCCAGCGACGACGAGGAGAGCGAGGAGGGCGGCAAGGAGGCCACCGACGGCUGCUAUUGGACACGGGGGGGAGUGAGCAGCCGCGGGCCGGG